CACUUUGACUCACUCUUGCCUCACCGAAUGAAAUGAUUCGGCGAAGUCCGACGCGCAUAGACAUGCGCCUAGAUGACCUGCAGGAAUAUGAAGAGCUGCAGAAGACGCGUGAGGCCAAGAAGAAAGCCGAGAGACAGUCGUCAUCGUCGUCCUCCAUGAACCCGCCGGUGUGGGGCGGCAAGGUCCCUCAAAGCGAGAUACAAGAACGCAUCGGCUAUGUGCUGCCUCAGAAUUCGUCGGCACAUAGUCGCAUCGCAGUUAAUGAAUCGCAAGAUACACGAAUUACAUAAUAACAAUCAGAUAUUUGGUCUCAUUUUAUUUUGAUCAAUAUAACGGCGAAUAUGGAAAUAUGAUAAAGCAUAAUAAUAAUAAAAGCCUAAUUAACGAUA